GACAAAGGGCAUCUACACCAUGCGUCACUACAACUCAGGAGAAAAUUUGUCCCUCUGCAGGAUCCGGAAUUCCGAGAUCGUUGCUAGGCGCCGAUGCCUGCUUCUUCACACCUGAUUGGCUCUCACUCAAAGAUGAGGCGGGGUUUUGUCGUGGCGCGCCUGCGUGUGGCAAAGGAUGGAGGAGUCGGAACCCGAGCGGAAGCGGACUCGCACCGACGAGGCAACUGCUGGAGGAAGCCGCUCCGAGGCGGAAGAUGAGGACGACGAAGCUUAUGUACCUUAUGUGCCGUUAAGACAACGGCGGCAACUACUGCUUCAGAAGCUUCUUCAACGAAGACGCAAGGGAGCUGCAGAAGAGGAGCAGCCCGACAGCGGCAGUGAGCCCCAAGGAGAUGAGGAUGACAUCCCACUCGGCCCUCAGUCCAACGUCAGUCUCUUGGAUCAGCACCAACACCUCAAAGAGAAGGCUGAAGCCCGCAAGGAGUCAGCCAAGGAAAAACAGCUGAAAGAAGAAGAGAAAAUCCUGGAGAGUGUGGCUGAGGGCCGAGCCUUGAUGUCAGUGAAGGAGAUGGCUAAAGGCAUCACUUACGAUGACCCAAUCAAAACCAGCUGGACACCGCCCCGUUAUGUCCUGAGCAUGUCUGAAGAGCGGCAUGAGCGUGUACGGAAGAAAUACCACAUCUUGGUGGAGGGAGAUGGUAUCCCACCACCCAUCAAAAGCUUCAAGGAAAUGAAGUUUCCUGCAGCCAUCUUGAGGGGCCUGAAGAAGAAAGGCAUCCACCACCCAACACCUAUUCAGAUCCAAGGCAUCCCAACAAUUCUAUCUGGCCGUGACAUGAUUGGCAUUGCUUUCACGGGUUCAGGCAAGACACUGGUGUUCACACUGCCUGUCAUCAUGUUCUGCCUAGAGCAGGAGAAAAGGUUACCUUUCUCUAAGCGUGAAGGGCCCUACGGACUCAUCAUUUGCCCCUCGCGGGAGCUAGCCCGCCAGACCCAUGGCAUCCUGGAGUACUACUGCCGCCUGCUGCAGGAAGACAGCUCACCACUCUUGCGCUGUGCUCUCUGCAUUGGGGGCAUGUCUGUCAAAGAGCAGAUGGAGACCAUCCGACAUGGUGUACACAUGAUGGUGGCCACCCCUGGGCGCCUCAUGGAUCUGCUGCAAAAGAAGAUGGUCAGCCUAGACAUCUGUCGCUACCUGGCCCUUGAUGAGGCUGACCGCAUGAUUGACAUGGGCUUUGAGGGAGACAUCCGCACCAUUUUCUCCUAUUUCAAGGGCCAGCGGCAGACUCUACUCUUCAGUGCCACCAUGCCCAAGAAGAUUCAGAACUUUGCCAAGAGUGCCCUUGUAAAGCCUGUCACCAUCAACGUGGGUCGUGCUGGGGCAGCCAGCCUGGAUGUUAUACAGGAGGUAGAAUAUGUGAAGGAGGAGGCUAAGAUGGUGUACCUGCUCGAGUGCCUGCAAAAGACACCUCCACCUGUGCUCAUCUUUGCAGAGAAGAAGGCAGAUGUGGAUGCCAUCCAUGAGUACCUGCUGCUCAAGGGGGUUGAGGCUGUGGCCAUCCAUGGGGGCAAAGAUCAGGAAGAAAGAACCAAGGCCAUCGAGGCAUUCCGAGAAGGCAAGAAGGAUGUCUUAGUGGCCACAGACGUAGCCUCCAAGGGCCUGGACUUCCCUGCCAUCCAGCAUGUUAUCAAUUAUGACAUGCCCGAGGAGAUCGAGAACUAUGUGCAUCGGAUUGGCCGCACUGGGCGCUCAGGAAACACAGGCAUCGCCACCACCUUCAUCAACAAGGCCUGUGAUGAGUCAGUCCUGAUGGAUCUCAAAGCCCUGCUGCUGGAAGCCAAGCAGAAAGUGCCACCUGUUCUGCAAGUGCUGCACUGCGGGGAUGAAUCCAUGCUGGACAUUGGAGGAGAGCGUGGCUGUGCCUUCUGCGGGGGCCUGGGCCAUCGGAUCACUGACUGCCCCAAACUCGAGGCUAUGCAAACCAAGCAGGUCAGCAACAUUGGCCGCAAGGACUACCUGGCCCACAGCUCCAUGGACUUCUGACCCAACUGUCUUCCUGCUCUACCAAGAGGCCUCAGACUCUAGGACUCCAGUCACCUAUACACACACACCAGCUCCCUGGGCAAGAAGCCAGCAUCCUUUGGGCCCAGCUGGCCUGGGCUGGGCUGGGCCAGGCUGAGCCUGGCUGCCAUUCCCCAUGCCCCCUAAGAAUUACUAUUUUUGUUCCCCUUCUUCCCAGCUGCCAUUAAAGCUCCUCUA